AAAAGACAAACGUGCCCUCCUCUUCAUCCACCCUAAUUCUCUCGCCGCCUCUCAUUUUUUUCUUUUCACGUUUUUUUGUUGUUGUGAGCUUCUUGUUGGGUUUAAGACUGUUUUCGUCAGCAACUAAACCCUGGUAUCCAUUUCUUCCAAUUAUCCAAGCUUCCCCUCAAAGGUUUCACUUUUUCGCCAUUGCUUCAACCAAAUUUAUUCGUGUUAAACGGAAUCGAUGCUGUUGUGUGGUGAUUUAAGUUGGUAGAGUUCUACAGUUGUUUCUUCUGUUUCAGCACGAUUAUCACAGAAUGUCUUUAGAUACUUCUUUAGGUCUUAAGCUCAAGAAAAGGCUGAAGCUUUCAUCGUUUAGCUCCAAUUCUUCUUAUAAAGGAAAGAGUAGAUCCAUUACUCAACGCAGUGAUGAUGACACUAACUCUCGGAAGACUACGGUUUCGUCUAUGAAGAAGAAGAGGGUCUACCCCAAUAAGGCUAAGCAUAAUAACCAUGUGAAUGAAAUCCCUCGCACGAUGUGGGUUGCUUCAAAGAGAAACCAAGGGUCUACUUCUAGUUUUAAGACCGCUAAUGAUGCUGCAACUAGUGUGUUUAAAACAAAGUCACGGAGUGGGGUUGAUGUUACUCGAAAGAGCUACAGGAAGAGAGAUGAAUUGGAUAGUAAUGUAGAUGUGAGUCCCAGGGAAAGUUCUGAUGUGCCGUCUUUUAAGGCUAGAAAACAGGUGUUUUCAGAGAAGAGAGUUGUGGGAGAUGGUUCAGAUGUUCAGGAGGAUAAACCAAGGAAGAGAAAGAGGAUACGACUUGAUCCUUAUGAUACCUCAAAUAAAAGAAUUGUUGAUGAUGUCCUUCUUGAUGAUGGCCUUAGAGUAAAGAACAUAAAAGAUGCAGUUAAAAGUGUAGAAAUGUCGAAAAAUGCACAGUUUCGUGCAAUUCAGCCUAGUCAUUCGAUCCUCUCCUAUGUGGAAGAAAAUCUGUUGGGGCGUAGACGUUUAAUUGAGCUAAAGAGGGCCGGCUAUAACACAGAGCUUCCUGCUCCAUUAGAUAAUAUUCCUCAGUCAACCAGCACAGAGAGAGAACGUAUAGAAGAAAGUGUAUUUAGGAAUAAAUUGGAAUUCUUUGCUGCUGCAAAUGUUUCAUCUUCAUUUCCACCUCCUGAUGUACCUGAGAUUGCAUUUGCAGGAAGGUCAAAUGUUGGCAAAUCGUCUCUGCUAAAUGCUCUUACCAGACAGUGGGGUGUUGUAAGAACAUCUGACAAACCAGGACUGACCCAGACCAUCAAUUUCUUUGGUCUUGGUCCGAAGGUUCGCCUUGUUGAUUUGCCAGGCUACGGCUUUGCCUUUGCAAAAGAUGAAGUUAAGGAAGCAUGGGAAGAUCUUGUAAAGGAAUAUGUCUCGACAAGAACCAGUCUUAAACGGGUAUGCCUCCUUGUUGACACCAAAUGGGGUAUGAAGCCAAGAGACCAGGAACUGAUUAAUCUGAUGGAGAGAUCGAAUACAAAGUAUCAGAUAGUCUUAACCAAGACGGAUGUGGUUUUCCCAAUUGAUGUGGCACGUCGAGCAAUGCAAAUCGAAGAGAAGUUGAAGGCAAACAGAUCAAUUGUCCAGCCUCUGAUGAUGGUGAGCUCAAGAUCAGGAGCAGGUAUAGGAAGUUUAAGAACUGCCCUUGCUAAAAUUGCUAGGUUUGCAAAGUUUUAGGUUCUCAAAGCAAUCCUCAAAACCAAGGUCAGGAUUGUCUCUUACCCCUUUCCAUAGUAUGUAAUAAUGAUCAAUCAAGAUUCAGAUUCUUAUAAAGAAUUAUUUGGCUCGUCUUUUCUUUAUGGCAAAAUAAAGGAUAAGGAAGAAGUCAAAAUGUUGAGAUAAAGAAGAAUGGUGUGACGAUGAUGAUCCGACUAAGUUAGUGAAAACUGUCAACAAUCACUUAUGUUUUUGUUUGUUUAUUAUCUUUUUAUUUGUCAAAGCCAUCACUUGAGCAAAUGAGCAUAAAAUGUUUUUCUCACGUUCUGACAGAUUAGGUUUGCCCAAACCACUAACUUUUUUAUUUUUUAUUUUAGUCAACAAAAAAUUAUAGUAGGCCAAAUUAUUCUGUCAGAAUAUAAUUUGUUAACCAGAAAGAAAGAAAAAAAAAAGUGAACUUCAAAUAUAAAAUAGGACAUAUAAGGUUAUUAGGUAUAUGAAAUUGAAAAUUCGAGGUGACUUUAGGGAAUGGCCUACCUAAUUUGACACUUCUUCAACAACUCCACCCUUUGAAUUUUUCUCUUCUUUACCUUUUUUUUUUUUUUUUUUUUUUU